CCUUCCUGUGGGGACGGUAUCAAGACUUUGUCAAGUCUCUUUGAUUUCCAGCAGCCUCCAAUCACAGCAGAGACCUGACUCAUCAUUGUGCCACUUCAAAGCCUGAGAAUGGCUCCCCUGACCCCUCCCACUCCGAGGGUCCCCUUAAAAGUCAUGGUCACCUCUUCCUGCAGGACUCUGGUAGAACUGACUGCCUGCUGCUGGAUCGAGCUACCUUUCUAUAUUUUUUACACAUGUGGCCGGAAAACUAGGAGAUCUGAGCUGCACAUUUUGUUGGAUAUCACAGUGCUUGGAUUGCUUAUCGGCCACCAGUGCAUGCACCUUUAUCAAGCUUUUCCUGUGCUACUGCUGAACCUGAAGCAUGCAGUCCAUCAGAGACUUGAAGACAAACUUCAGUGGCCCUCCUCCUUCCUCUAUGGCCGCGGGACCCGACGCUUAUCUUCAGGGUAACAUCAGGAUGACUCUGGAGGACCCUGAACUCUGGAGGACCUUCAACGAUAUCGGGACAGAGAUGAUAAUUACCAAACCGGGCAGGAGGAUGUUCCCACACUGUAAAGUGAAUCUUUCCGGCCUCAUUCCUUGUGCAAAGUACAUCUUGAUGGUGGACAUGGUACCUGAAGAUGGUUUCAGAUAUAAGUGGAAUAAAGAGAAAUGGGAGGUGGCAGGGAAAGCAGAGCCCCAGCCUCCCUGCAGGACCUACCUCCACCCGGACUCUCCGGCCCCGGGGAGCCACUGGAUGAAGCAGUCGGUCUCCUUCCUGAAGCUCAAGCUCACCAACAACACGCUGGACCAGCACGGACAUAUUAUUUUGCACUCCAUGCAUCGCUACCACCCGCGCUUCCACCUUGUCCAGGCUGACGAUCUGUUCAGUGCCCGCUGGAGUGUUUUCCAGACCUUCUCCUUCCCUGAGACUUCCUUCACAGGAGUCACAGCCUACCAGAACACCAAGAUUACAAAACUAAAGAUCGAUCACAACCCAUUUGCAAAAGGUUUCCGGGAGGAAGGCACCAACAAGAAAAGGCGUGCAAACAAAUCUCCAGCCUGUCUUGAGAAACGAUCCAGGAUGUCUGACAUUUUGAAUCAGGACUCGGAGGAUGAAAGUCCACCAGAUUUCUGUAAAUAUGAGGGUUAUGAUCCAGAAGAAGGAGACCUACCCAAAAGAAAAGACGCUGAAGCAGUAAAAGAGGAGCGUUCUUCUCCGUGGGCUGCAGAGAGGGAGCACGGUGUGAGGACUGAGUCUCCUGCAGGGGCCGACCACAGAGACAUGUACAACACAGAGCAGCUUGUUCCUGCUGCUGCUUCCUACCAGCCGUACAGGUUCCACGAGUACGGAAAGUCUCCCUCUCCAUCUUCCAGCAUCGGAAGUAGCAGCAGCGGAUCAGGACGCAGCAGCUUUGAGUCCAGAGUCCCUGACAUCGCCACUGUCCCAGAUCAUGAAUCCUCAAAGCCCCGCACGCACGAGAUCGGCCCGUCAACUUGUGGCCCCCAGCACCUCCCGGCCCCCCAGGACUACACAGGGGUUCUCAACAUGAGCAUGGCCCAGGCCGGAAAACCUGGAGUUAUCAGCCAUCACAUCUACAGCCCGUACGGAGCCGAGCAAACCCUGGGUCAGUGGAGCGGCCCAGGACCCGCCCAGUACCCCCCUCCUCAUCACCUGCCUGCUGAUUACACCACGCAGGCUGUGCAUCACAGCUAUCACCAUGGAAACGUUGCUGAGUGGAGUCAGUACCCACUGUUCUCUUAUUCCUGCUGGUGAAGGGACGAUGGGAUGAAGGAGGACUUUUGAGAUGCUGCAGCUGAUGAAUCUUAAAGGAUGCAUGUCCAGAAAUACAGAGGCUGCUUGAAGGAGCCGCCUGAUGCUGACCGACAGGACUCAAACUCCAGACUGAAAUUUAAGUGUGCCACUCCAUGUUGACUGACUGUUUCAUUGUUAGGUUGUGUAUUUAUUUUGUAUUUUAUCUCA